CCUAAAUCCAGAGAUUUCAUUGAAAACUCAAAUCAAAUCUCAGCGCCAAUUUAGAUCUUUAUAUUGCGAUGGGGAAAACAAACCAGAGACGAACAGCCGAGUCAGCCCACUCUGGAGCGCUAAUCUCAUCUCCUCUCCUCGAUUCAAUGGCGUCGGACGGGGGAGACGAGGGACAUCGUCGUCCGCCGCCUCUUGGCCUCCGAGGCCUGACUCGCGCUGCCUUCCUUCCUCGUUCCGGCGAUGGCGACGGCCUUCCUCCACUUCGUACUCGUCGUGGCGGCGGCCUUCCUCCACUCGGUCUUGCAGGUCGAGGAGCACUGCCGGUCGUUCUCCAUUGGAACGGCUGCCUCUACACCGGUGUCGAGCCCCAGCGUCGGAGGGAGACGCCGCGUCGGGCUGUCGCGCCCACCUCGACCUCCUUCUCCAAAUCAGGCAGGCUCGUCGAACUGGGCCACCUCGCCGGGCGGGAGCGGCAGUGCAAGCGCCGCCGGAAGGACGUCCUCCUACGUCGGCUUGAACUCAUGAACGGCUCCAUCUGCGUCGGACCAAAUUCGUCCGCAUUCUGCACGAGAGACCGUAGCAGUGAGUAUGCUGCAUCUACUAACGGCAGAGAAGGCGGCUGGCGUGGCACUGGAUAUAAUCCAAAUUUUGAGAACGCUGACGAGUAUCCUCCACGCUUGGAACAUGUGCAAGCACCUUCUGCAAAAGAGAUUGAUUUGAAUGCUUUGGCUAACAAGAGUAAAAGCGAACAGUACACUGUCGAAGACAAGCGUAAUAUUUACGCUAUGCUGCUUGCUCGAAAUGGAGAGCAUGGGAGGUUAAAGAAGGGGGUUUUGGAUUCUGUUGCACGUGAUGGAAAUUGUUCUCGGAGGUGCGUGAGUAGGAUUUGGAAAGAAUCGAAGUUGGGAGGUGGCGUUAACUCUAUCAAGAACAAUUUGAAGUUAAAAACGGGAAGGAAGAAACCGAGUUUGGAUAUUGAGGCAUUAGAAGCCAUUCCACCUUGUGAGAGGACCACAAUUCGACAAGUUGCUGCUGGACUUCACAUGUCCAAAAGCACAGUUCACCGUAGGUUGAAGGAGAAGGUAAUGAGACGAGUUUCAAAUGAACUGAAACCUUCAUUAACUGAAGCCAACAAGAAGGCACGUGUGGCGUAGAGAAUUUGGAGCCAAGUUAAUUGGAGAACAAUCCCACUUUUAAAGGUAAUUUUAACAAGGUUCAUUUGGAUGAGAAGAUCUUUGGAUGAGAAGAUCUUCUACCGCACAAGGAAGACACAGAAAAUGUACUUGAGUAAUAGAGAGGAAGCACCAAAAAGAGAAUGCAAACAUAAAAACCACAUCCAGCAGAUCAUGUUCUUGUCAGCAAUGGCAAGGCCAAGGUAUGAUUCCCAAGGAAAUUGUGUGUUUGAUGGAAAGAUAGGUGUGUGGGCAUUUGUUGAUUGGGUGCAAGCUCAAAAGAAGAGUGUGUAAGGAGAGAGAGGAGACUGGGAGCUGAAGCCUUCAACUUCAGUGGACAAGAACAAAAGUAGAGAG